UUCUCAAUUUCCUUUCCAGCUCUCUCCUUAGUCUUUGUCUUCAUUUCCCCCCACUACUACUUGAUUUGUAGAAUUGAAACAGCUUUAACGAAAUGUCCACAUACGUGUCGUUUAUGUAAUCGACCUGGAGCUGCUGGCAGAUGUCCUGAUGUUACACCAAAUUGUAGCAAUUUCCUCAAAUAUAUGGAAUGUGAAACAGAGUUCAUGCAAUUGAAUUGCAUGCGAACAUGUAAUUUAACGAGCUGUUUCGAAAGAUUUCACAUGCCGUUGGUGAUUUAUUUAAGCUUCAAAAAAAUUAAUUUAAAUUUCUUAAGACUUCCCAAAGAUCCUAUAAACAAAAUGUUUAUUUCAGAAAAACGAUUAAAAAUUGGCAAAUCUCAUGAUUGUUUGGAUAGGAGAGAAGAUUGUCAAAAAUAUCGAAAUUUGUGUUAUUUUGACGCAUAUCAAUCAGAAAUGACUAAUAUAUGCCGUCGUACAUGUGAAUUUUGUUGA